CAGUGAGCUGAUAAUUCUGACCAAUUGCAAACGUUCCUGCGACCUCGACAGACAUCGAACGAUACCUUUGGUUCUAUAUGUCGUUCCCUGGUCCGGGCAUUUUGAACACUGUGAAGUCGUACAUCUAACUCUAACCCUGCAGGGAAAAUGGGAGACGUAUCAAGGCAAUCAGACUCGGAGUCUGAACUUCAGCAGUUUGACAAGCUUUUUCCUGAGCUUGUGGAAGAUGUUUUAAACAGCCGUGCUAUUAAGGGGGCUGGUACAGAACAGGCUGUUGAUUGGUUCCGAAAGGUUGCAGAGUACAAUGUACCCUUUGGAAAGAAAAACAGAGGAAUUUCAGUGGUCACUUCCUACAGAAAGCUGGUGAAAGACCCAGCUGCUGAGAACAUCAAGAGAGCACAAGUGCUGGGCUGGUGUGUUGAAUGGCUGCAGGCCUUUUUCCUUGUGGCUGAUGAUAUUAUGGAUCAGUCAGAGACAAGGAGAGGACAAGCUUGUUGGUAUAAAAAGGAUGACGUUGGGCUAGUUGCCAUCAAUGACAGUUUCUUCUUGGAGUCCGCUAUAUUUCAACUUUUGCGGAAGCAUAUUGGCGAUCAGUCCUAUUACGUUAAUGUCUUGGAACUGUUCCAUGAGACAAUUAUGCAGACAGUCGCAGGCCAGUGUUUGGACAUGAGAACUGCACCAGUAGGGGGAAAGAUAGACUUCACUCACUUCACUUUGGAAACUUACAGUGCCAUUGUUAAGUGGAAAACUGCUUUUUACUCUUUCUACUUGCCUGUUGCACUGGCUAUGCAUAUGGCUGGAAUCUCUGAUGAAACAUCACACAACAAUGUGAAACCUAUCCUGCUGAAAAUGGGCCACUUCUUCCAAGUACAGGAUGACUACUUGGACUGCUUUGGUACACCAGAAGUGACUGGCAAAAUAGGUACUGACAUUGAAGAUAAUAAGUGCUCCUGGCUUGUGGUGCAAGCCUUGCACCUAGCAACACCCGAACAACGCCAGGUGCUCGAGGAGAAUUAUGGACGCCACGAUGCAGAAAAUGUGUCCAUUAUCAAGUCACUAUACCAAGAGCUCAAAAUUCCAAAAGUGUAUUCAGAUUAUGAGGAAUCGAGUUACCAAGAACUGAUGACUCUUAUAGCAGAAACGCAAUGUCCUGUGCCAGCUUCUGUCUUCACUGACUUUGCACAGAAGAUUUAUAAGCGACAGAAAUAAUCUGUUUUUAACUUUUCUGUAGUAUGUAGAGUGAUUUGUUUUUUGUUGAGGAUGUGGACCAAAGAUCUCCAGAAGUGCAGAUUGACUGGAUCUGUUUAAUGAUCAGGUGUAUGUCAUUUGCUUCAGUCAAAUUUUUUUCGCAUCUGAGGCCUUCAGUCGCAGUGAAUUUGCUUUAGCAAUGGUCACUUCAUAUUGUAUAACAUAAGAUAUCUCUUCACAUCUCAUAAUUUGGUUUUCUGACAAUUUCUUGAAAGAUAUCCUCGACCUUUGAACUGCAGUUAUCACCCUUUGCUUAAUACCAUGCUGCUUUAUCUUCAUCAUCAUCUUUGCCUUGUUUUUCGUUUGUCAUUGUCUACUGUAGUUACCGAAAUUUGUUAAGCGAAAUGAGCUUGACCACAGGGCUGGGAUAUGGCGCUGUAUACGCGAAUUUCAUUAUUAUUAAUAUAGAAUUAAAGGAAGGCUGAUCUUCCCAGGCAGGACCAGCUGAUGUCAGUUCACCUCUGCUGUACUCUGUCAGAUUACUCCCCUAGGACUGGUGAAUGGACGGAACGUCAGUUAGGGGAAACCAAUCCCGAUACCCGGGCCGUCCACUUAUGUCAGCAUCACAGAUACCUGGCAGCAUCAUAAGACUGUUCUCUCUACUACCAGUUACGCGUUAAAACGAGGCUGCGACGUGCAAAUCUCGGACAAAUCCCAGCGCUUCAGUUGGCUUUCCUCGUCCUAUGCUUCGAUUUUCGUUUCUAGUGACCUGCAUAAAUGGCCGCUCAUCAUAGAAACACAGUAAUACCAUCAACACGUGGAUCAACUGGGUUUGGUCUCAUUGGCUAUGAGAUAUCAAUAAAGAUUGUCUGUCACAUUUUGUAAGAAAUCGUACAGGUCAAGUCCAUAUAUAUUAUUGUCAUCUUUCAUCCUUUCUCAUCGUGAUAUGUGCAAGUAUGUGCUCACCCCGAAUCACUCCAACACCUUCAUUGUCAUAGGAAAAAACAUGAGUCUUGUCUGUUAUCUACGUGCAGCGAGUGUCAAUACAAAGCUGCGUGAGGUGCAGAGCUCUUUGUUCUGUACAGGAGUUCAUCCAGAGGAUGUCAGGUCCCCUCCCGCUGCUCUCCCGGCUACGUGCGGCAGAGAAAAAUAAAAACAGAAAUGUAGAAGAAAGGAUGAUGUACAAAUUGAGUCAAAUGAUUUGAAUGGGUUUUUUUUUUUACUCGCUUUAUCCUGAGGCAUGCCAUAGCUGUUUGAAUUCCGGAGCGUUUGUUUUUAUGUAUUUCUAUUUUACUGAUUCAUGCUCGUUACUUUACUUUCUAUAUCGAGCGGCAAUAGGAAUGCGUACAGAGUUUUGAUACUUGUGAGAAAGUACCAGCAUAAAUUACUGCAAAUGGAGAAAUAAAAUUGGAUUUACACAUCUUA